AUGUUUUGUUCAAUGUUCAAAAUACCAAAUCUUGCUGAUGUCAUCAAGAUUUUUGCCGAUGGUGAUAAUGAACAUCCAUCGCUGGAAUUAACCAAUUUUUAUAGACAUACAAUUGAUCUUAUUCAAUCAUUUUUAAUCAAACAUAAUGGCCUAUCUGAAACACGAUCGAAUUAUUUUCAAUCGAUCUUCGCUCGAAUGAAAAUUCUUUAUGUUGAUCGAAUUCGUUUCUCAUAUUCGUAUAAUAACAAUAUAAAACGGACAUCGACAUCAUUGAAAACACAUUCGACCUAUAUUGAUGAAUCAAUUGCGAAAUUUUUUAUUUUAAAAACAAUUGAAAAACCUGAAAAACAUAUUAAUACAAUGGUAAAUUAUUUAAUUGAGAAUGAAUCCAUGCGGCACAAACUCGGAGAAUUCAUUAAAAAUCUCUUUAAGACAUAUCAACAAAAAGGAGAAGAAGGUUUGACAAGUUUACGACAAACUUUGCCUUCACAGGCAGACACUUUCAAAUGGAUCAUACCAUCCAUUGCCAAAGAGCCUGAGCCAUUGUUACUAGAACAAGAAGAAGAAGAUGAUGAACAACGGAUAAGUAUCCAUAAUUCAUCUGUCAAUAUUUCAGAUGAAGCAAUUGAAAACAUGAAAAAAGAAUCGGAUUGUUUUCCAUUAAAACUUCAACCUAAUAAAGUAGAUGUGGAAGGACCAAAACCACUUGUCAGUUUUCCAGCCAAGCUAGGAAUACUUGGAUUGAAUUUACCAUUGAAUACAGUCUCACAAGAAAGAAAAUCACAACCAGUCAAUGUUACAAAAGAAAAAAUUUUCACAUCAUCUGCAUCUGAAAACGACCAAGAUGAAAAGAAAAAUAAGCAUGUCCAACAGCGUCUCACAAUAAAUAAUGAUGGUCAAUUUGAACAAAAGAAAAAACCUGAUGAGCAAGUAGUAUUACACAAUAAUAACAUAAAUAGUAAUGUAAAUGUUCAACAAAGAUCAACUGAAGGUGAACGAUCAUCCCAUCGAACUUUAACAAUUAGAAAUAUUUCUUUGACACAAGCACCUUCGGCUAUAUUUGAAUUUAUUUGUGUUUCAAAUAUACGUGAUUUUAAUCUUUCAAUAUCGAAUGCAUUACCAUCAGCGGCUAAUCCAAGUUUAACCAGUCUGGAAGACGAUCUUAAAACAGGUCGAUGUGGUGAAGAUUUGGUCUUUCGAUAUCUUCAAUGGAAACAUCCUGAUAAACAAAUCGAAUGGGUCAAUCAACAUACAGAAUCUGGUUUACCGUUUGACAUUCGACUAGUGCACAAAACAACAAAUAAUGAAACGGAAUUGAUUGAAGUCAAAACAACUCGAUCAUGCAACCAAAAUACGUUUCAAAUGUCGAUUGGUGAAAUCGAAUGUUUACUUGCAAAUCCAAAGAACUAUUCUAUUUAUCGUGUUUAUUAUACUGACGAUGAAAAAUCAUCGACAAUUACAAUUCUUAUAUGUGGUGAUGUUCAUAUCACAAUAUUUGAAGUCCGUCGUGGUCUUGACAUACAUCUAUAUGCAUCAUGUGAAGUAAUUCUUGGAUCAAUAAUAUAUGCUCCAAUGCCAUUUACAACAAAUACAACUACAACACCAUCUGUACCUGUUCGUUUUCCAUAUCUUCGUGAAGUUAAUGGAUAUAUGUUAUUAGGUUAUUCAUUAGUUCAUUCAUUUUCAUCAAUGUUUCCACGUUUAUCUAUUAUUCAUGGUCGAGAAUUAUAUCAUGGUUAUGCAUUAAUUGUAAUGGAAAAUUUACAAUUAGAUGAAUUAGGUUUAACAUCAUUAAUAAAUAUUCGUCGAGGAAAUGUUAUUAUAGCACGAAAUGCACAAUUAUGUUAUGCAAAUUCUAUUCGUUGGAAAGAUAUUAUUGAAGAUCCAAAAGCACAAGUUAUAUUAAGACAAAAUCGUGAUGAUUGUGCUUUUUGUCCAACAUGUCCAUCAGCAUGUUGGUCACCAACACAAUGUCAACAACAAUGUUCAGCACAUUGUAAAGGAAAUUGUUUAACAGAAACAGUUUGUUGUCCUGAUCAAUGUGUGGGUGGUUGUUAUUAUCAAAAUAUAACAGCAUCAACAGAUUUAAUUUGUCAUGCAUGUAGAAAUAUGAGAAUUUAUGCAACAGGAAAAUGUGUACAAAAAUGUCCAUCACAUAUGCUUAAAGUUAUUGAUUCUUUAUGUGUAACACAUCAAGAAUGUACAUCAUUUUUUAUGAGUUCUGGUUUUAUAUUAGAUGAAACGAAUGAAUGUGUAUCAACAUGUCCAACAGGUUUUGAUGUUAUAUUAGGUUCACAUUGUGAACGUUGUAUAUCAGGACCAGAAAAUAAUUAUUGUCAAGGUGCAUGUGGUGAACAACAUAUUCGUUCUAUAAGUGAAUUUAGUGCAUUAAAAUAUUGUUCACGUGUUCAUACAUUAAAUAUAUAUAAUAUUGCUGCUGUUGAAUCAACUGAAACAAAUCUAAUAGAAGUAUUUACUGCAUUUGAAUCUCUUGAACAAAUUGAUCAUGAAUUUACAAUACAUAAUGUAAAUAUAUUUUCAACAUUAAGUAUUUUUUCUAAACUUAAACGUAUUGGUAUAACAACAAAUGCAACAAUGACAAUUGAAGAAAAUGAUUUUCUAACAGAAUUAUGGCCAUUAUCACAUCCACCACCAAUUAUUCAAGGAAGUUUAAAUAUUGUUCGAAAUGCUCGUCUUUGUUUAAAACGUAUUGAAGAUUUUAUUAAUUAUACAAAUACAAGAGAAACAGAUUUACAAAUAACACCAAAUACAAAGAAUGAAUAUGCUAAUGGAUAUUUAGCAUCAUGUGAAUCAAAUCAAUUAACAUUAUCUGUUGAUAGAAUACGUUCAUUAACAGCUAAAAUUCUUGUUACUGUACCAAAAGAAUUAUUUUUUCGUCCAAAUGGUAAAAAUGAUUAUUUACGUCGACCAUUUUUAUCUGUUUAUUAUAAAACAACACAAACAAGAAAUGAAACACAUUUUGAUGCAACACAAUCACAUAAAUGGUUAAGAAUUGUUGAAAAAAUUAAUUAUAAUCCAUCACCACAUGGUAGUUCAUUUACAAUGAAUGUUGAUUUAGUAUCACUUCUUGGUGCUACAUGGUAUGCUGUAUAUGCAUCAAUAACUUCAAAUGUAAAUACUGUUGGUUUAUAUUCUACAAUUGGUUAUUUUCGUACAUUACCACGUCAACCUGAACCUAUACUUAAUUUACGUGGUGAAAGUUUAUCUCGUUCAAGUAUUGAAUUAAUGUGGCAACCACCAUCAAAACCUAAUGGUGAUAUUGCUUUAUAUCUUAUUUAUUAUGCACCUGUUGAAGAUCGAUUACCAAUAGAUAAUCCAAAAUUACUUUGUUUAAUGAAAGAUCGUGGCCGUUCUGAAGUAACUGUUCCAAAUACGCCAUCAAAUCAUACUAAUUCUUAUCGAUGUUCAAAACAAAAAUUAAAAUUUAAUGAUAAUAAUAAUGUUAAUAAUGAUAUUAUUGAAGAAUUUGAAGAAAAUACUGAUAAUGAUCAAGUUGUUACUGAUUUAGCUAUACUUGAACAUCAACUUAUUAAUUCAGUAACACAACGUAAAGAUCCAUUAGUUAUACGUCCUGAUUUAAAAGAAACAAUUAUUAUUGAUUUAGAUCAUUAUUUUGAAGAUAAAAGUAGUUCUUUAAAUGAACAAUAUAAAACUGAUAUGUCAAUUGAACAAAAUCCUGUUGAACAUAUGCCAUAUAUAAAUACAUAUAAUCGUACAUCAUUUAAAACACAUAUUAUAAUUGAUGAUUUAAAACAUGCACAAAUGUAUAUGUUUCAAGUAUAUGCAUGUCAUGAUAUUAAUAAACAAACAAAAUCAACUGCUUGUAGUUCUAAUGGUAUAAUUAUAAGUGUUCGAACAAAAGCUGGUGAACCAUCACUUGAUAUAGUACGUAAUGUUAAAUUAAUUGGACCUAUUGAUAAGUCUAUACAAUUAACAGCAGAUAUGAAAACUGUUGAUUAUCAUAUAUCAUGGCUUGAACCAUUAACACCAAAUGGUAUUGUUUAUUUUUAUACAAUUAUUAUUGAUCAAUAUAUUCAUAAUGGACCAAAAGAUGAACGUUGUGUUGGACAUAAUAUACGUUCAAUAAAUAUAUCUUUAUUACCACGAACUUAUUAUCGUUUAAGAAUAACUACAUAUACUAUAGCUAGACUUGAAAAUGAAUAUGGUGGUUAUAAACAAUUAACUGAUGAUUCAUUUUUGGUGAAUGCAACUAAUUUAUAUUAUCAAGUUUUUUUUACAACUAUUGAUUUACCUAGUAAUGUUGUUGGAGAANAUCCAACUGAUUUAUUACAAGAAGCAUCAAUAAUGAAACAAUUUCGAUGUUAUCAUGUAAUUCAAUUAUAUGGAAUAUGUUCACGUAUUCGACCACCUUAUGUUGUUAUGGAAUUAAUGGUAAAUGGUGAUUUAAAAAAUUAUCUUUAUCGACAUCGGCAAAGUGAACUUAAUCCAAAUGGUCCAACAUUACCUGAAUCGGCAAUGAUUCAAUUAGCAUUAGAUGUUGCUGAUGGAAUGUAUUAUUUAUCAGAUCAAAAAUUUGUCCAUAGAGAUUUAGCUGCAAGAAAUUGUCUUGUUAAUGGAAAUCAUACGUGUAAAGUUGGAGAUUUUGGUUUAACACGUGAUAUAUAUGAAACUGAUUAUUAUCGACGUGGUGGUCGAAGUUUUCUUCCUAUUCGAUGGAUGGCACCAGAAAGUUUAAGAGAUGGACGUUUUGAUACAAUAUCUGAUGUUUGGUCAUUUGGUGUUCUUCUAUGGGAAAUAGCAACAUUAGCCGAACAANAUCAGCGACAUAGAUAG